CGGGCUGCGGGGGGAGGGGUCGGGGGUAGGCGGCAGCCAAUCAGAAGCAGGGUGGGGCGGGGGCUCGCCUGGGGUUGGCCAAUGGGAGCGGGGGGGCGGGACGCGCUGCUGAACCUCGGUGCAAUGUAACGGCAGGGACGGGACCCCCCCCCCAGAGACCCGACCCCCCCCCCGGACCACCCCAGGGACCUCUGGGGAGAGCGGGAGCCCCCCGCACCCACCGGGUCCCCCGACCCCCGCUCGCAGGCCACGUCCCGCCAUGCUGCUGCUGGGCCCCAAGGGCGCGUGGCUGCCCUUCCACGGGGGUGUCUUCGUGGGCUUCACCGCCACCUUCCUCCUCCUCCACGGCGUCCUGCUACCCUGGCCCGAGCCCCCCCGGCCCGUGCCCCACGCCAGGCAGGACCCCCGGGUGGGCGACCACCCCCCUGGCGCGUCCCAGUCCCCAGCGCUCUACGGCAUGGCCCCCCCAGGCUCUGCAGACGGGCUGAUCCCCGCGGUGACGGACGCGGCGGCGGCAGGCGAGGACGCCGGGGAGGCGCGGGCGCUGUACGAGCGGGUGCGCAUCCUGUGCUGGGUGAUGACGGGCCCCCGCACCCUGGAGAGCAAGGCCCGGCACGUGCGCGACACCUGGGCGCGCCACUGCAACGUGGCCCUCUUCAUGAGCUCGGAGCCGGACGGGCGCUUCCCCGCCGUGGGGCUGCCCGUCGGCGAGGGCCGCCACCAGCUCUACUGGAAGACCAUCCGCGCCUUCCAGUACGUCCACCGGCACCACCUGGGCCAGGCCGACUGGUUCCUCAAGGCGGACGACGACACCUUCGUGGUGGUGGCCAACCUGCGCUGGCUGCUGGCCGGCCACCCCCCCGAGCGCCCCGUCUACUUCGGCAAGCGCUUCAAGCCCUUCGUCGGGCAGGGCUACAUGAGCGGCGGGGCGGGCUACGUGCUCAGCAAGGGGGCCCUGCGGCGCUUGGUGGCCGCCUUCGCCUCCCGCGCCUGCACCCACACCAGCCCCGUGGAGGACGUGGCGCUGGGCCGGUGCCUGGAGCGGCUGGGGGUGCAGGCGGGCGACUCGCGGGACACGCGGGGCCGAGAGACCUUCCACCCCUUCCCCCCCGAGACCCACCUCACCGAAAAGUUCUCCCAGAGCUUCUGGUACCGGAGCUACUGCUACUACCCCGUCGUGGAGGGUCCCCAGUGCUGCUCGGACCUGUCGGUGUCCUUCCACUACGUGAGCGGGGAGCAGAUGUACGCGCUGGAGUACCUGACCCACCGCCUGCGCCCCUACGGCUACCGGCCCCGCUACCGGCCCCCGGCGCCCCCCGGCGCCCCCCCGGCCCCCAACGCCACCUCCCCGGCCCCCAACGCCACCCCCCGGGCCCCCAACGCCACCCUGCCCUAGCUCAGACCCCCCCCCACCAGGACAGCCGCUCUCAGUGGCCAUCGCUGGGGUGUUGGUGGCCACAGGGGGCUGGGGUGGGGGUCACGGCAGCGCGUGGGGAUGGUGCCCACCCCACACACCCCCCCCCCCACAGCAGAGUGAGGGGGCUGGUGUGGGUGCUGCCCAGGGGUGAAGGGGGCACCCCCCCGACAUGGACGUGGCCCCCUCCUGGUGUGGCCCCGGGGAAGGGGCUGGGGGUCCUGGGGCUGGGGGGGACCCAUGGGUGCUGCCGUUACCCCCCCCGGGCUCAGCCCCCCCCCGAUGACGCCCUUUGCCCGGGACGGAGGAGCCGGUUCCUUGUCCGGGUGUGUCGGUGCCACAUGGUGCCACCGAGGCCCUGCCACAUGGUGCCACCGCCACGACCCGAGAGAGGGACCCCCACGUUUUGGGGUGGGGGGGGGUGAAGCUGGCCCCACCUUUGGGUGUUGGCCCUGGAGCGGGGUGUCAGCUGUUGGGGGGGGGGGGGCCGGGCUGGAGCUGCCCCCGCCCUGGGGCUGGGCAGGAUCAGGCCCUCCCCAGGAGGUGCUGGGCGGGAUGGGCGAGCGCAGCCACGGCAGGUACCGGAUCGGGCACCGGGGCGAGGGGACGGGGUCCCGGCGGGGCGGGAAGCCCCCCACGUAUCGCCCCAUUACUGCUUCAGGGACCCCCAAUGCCCUGGGGCCCCCCCCGGGCUCCUGCCCCCCCCCCAUGUCCCCCUUCCCCCCGCGUGGCCCUAAUUAGUGGCUGAUAAUGAGAUUUGCUGGAAUUGGAUGUCCCUGAUCCGGUGAGGGGUGGGGGGGCAUGGGAUAGUG